AUGACAGGUCCGGCGCCUUUUAUUCCCAGCCUUUGGAUCUGUCCUGACAGGCAAGAUCCUGAGCGCUUUCAACUCUACAAUACUUGUGAUCUCCAGAGUCAGUUUGAUAUCCUUAACCUCACACAGGUGUUCCGGUUGCAGCGGCGACUUCUCACUUUUCUCACUUCAGUGAAGAGCUUUCGUCCAAGCGACCGCAAAAUACCUUGCGACACUAGCAAUUUCUCAUUUAGGAUCAACCCUAAAGGUUGUACGCAAGUGUUCUUAUACGAGGGUCAUGCUCCAAAAUGGAGGAGUGGUCAUUGGAAUGGCGUUAGAUGGUCUGGAAUACCUCAACUACAGAGAGUUACAUUUAUCUUCAACUACAGCUAUGUGGACAAUGAGAAUGAGAUUUCCUUCUCGUGGAACAAUGCAUAUGUCUCAAUCUUGACAAGAGCAGUGCUGAAUGAGUCCGGCAUUUUCCAACGGUCCAAAUGGCAUGAGAACGAAGGUCGAUGGGAAGAGUUCGCAUCUGCGCCCAAGGACUAG